AUGCCAUCCAUGCACGAUCGCAUUCGGGAGGAUCUCCUCAACAAAGAGCGUGCACUAUGGACUGCACUCACCUCGGCCGACCCAGCCCCCGCAGUACAGAAACUGUGCAACCCGGAAGCCAACCUCAUGUUCCCGCAGAUGCCCAUCUUGACUCUUGAGAACGAAUCCGAUUUCCAUAAUGCGCUCAAGCCCCCCUUCCAUCGGUUUGACGGGUAUCAGCUUGAUGAAGUUCGGAUCAUCAUCAUUGAUCUCAUGGCGGGUGCUGUGACAUACAAAGUCCGCGCGGUGAGGGGCCAGAAAGAGUACCGGGCCACCGGCUCAACCACAUGGGGCCAAGGGUCAGAUGGUGAAUGGACAAUUUUCUCGCACUCAGAAACACUGUUGUAG